AUGAAAGCAAGAAGAGAAUCUAAGGAGGAAAAAGAGGCCUCGCGAGAACGAGAGAGAGCAGACAAUAUUGUCUGCUGCCGUUGCUGCAGCAGCAGCAGCAGCAGCAGCAGCAGCAGCAGCAACAGAUUCAGCAGCAGCAGCAGCAGGAGCAACAGAUGCGGCAGCAGCAACAGAUGCAGCAGCAAUAGACACCACCAACAGCAGCAGCAGCAGCACCAACCGCAGCACCAGCACAAGCAGCAGCAACAGCAGCAACAACAUCAGCAGCAGCAGCAGCAACAGCAGCAACAGCAGCAGCAGCAGCAGCAGCAGACCUCCUGUGGUAGUUUGAGUAUAAGUGGGUGGUUCUGA